GAUGGGGAGCAGAAGGGAAGCCCCUUCCUCCACCUGGCUCUGACCUCUGCACUCCGUGCUGUCUCUGAUUUGAUUCCCGGAACUUUCCAGCUGACAAGGAUUGUGGGGACUGAGCAGGUGACAGUGAACCUGAUUACGAGGUGGCAUCAGGUGCCGGGGACACACGAGCUCACUGCCCGCUCCUCCACUUGGGACAGAUGCGAUUCUGUGUUCCCACUGCAGAUAGAGGAUUGUAGCUGCUGUAGUCAGGUGACCAUGAUCACCAGUGUGGAGCCCAAGGGUCCUGCUCCUUAACCAAAAUGCUUUCUACCCCAACAGCGCCACUCACACCUUUGCUGGGAGAAAAAGUUACUGUGUGACUUUGUCUUUUUUUUUUUUUUUUUUGGUACCAGAGAUCAAACUCACGACCUCAUGUUUACCAAGUAGGCACUUAGGCCGCUGAGCUAAACCCCUGGCCUCUGUGACUUUGUCUUUAAAAGGUGAUUUGCUAGAUCAAGCCCCCAGUCAGGCUGGGACGCUCUAGCUCCUGGGUCCCUCUGCCAGACCCUGAGUGAUGCAUGUGUGACGCACAUAUCCAGAGGGCAGGGUGCUGGGUAGGGCUAUGGUCCCCUGUGGCUGGGUGCACUCAGGCACGGGUUGAGGAAUUAGCAAGUCAGACUGGGAAAGCACCAGGAGUAGAAGAGGGAAACCAGGAGCCCUGAAGGGGGUGGUGUGGAUGGGACACAACCACAGCCCCACCCCACUCCCACCCCGCCCUCCGGAAGACAGCCCAGGGCAGUGCAGGUGGCAAGCAGGAAGCCAGGGGCCAGGCCUGGGCGAGAGGCUGUGUCCAGGCCAUUGCUGCAUUUGCUCCAUGACCCCAAUCCGAGGAUGUCCUCUGCCCCAGCCCCUCUCCAGCCAGGUGAAUCAGCAGCUUGUCCUUAGCAGGAAGGAGCUCCUGCCUCCAUAGUGUUUCUGUCCACAGGACAAAAAGAAAUCAUUGGCUGCAUCACAGGCCUCGGUGAGAGGCGAUACCAAGGCCCCUCAGGAGCCUCUGCCUCCCACAUCACUCCUGCAGAGUACUUGCCCCUCGCCCCCACAGUUUCUGGCUACUGUCCUGCUGUGUACUGUGGCUUUGGCCAUUUGUCUCCUGCUGUUGAUGGACUCUGUAAGGGACCCCAUCCACCAUUGCCCCUGCUAGUGGAAAGUGCUGGGCACAAAUGUGUGCUCUGGGCUGCUGGCCAGGGGUCCUUCAGCCCCGCUAUGGCCUCCCGGGACCUUGGUCCUUGCCCUCUGGCUCUGGACCAUGCCUACCCUUCCUUCCCUGACCUAUCUGCUCCCUCUGUUCUGAGCACAAUUCCCUCUCCUGUGUCCCAGGGUUUAAGGAAGGAAGAAAAGGAGUGGACGUGAGGAGUGCUGUCCUGCGGUGAGAGAAUUUGGCCGUGGGAGUGGAAAGAGCACUUUCUUCUCGCCUCCUCCCGAGUGGCUUUCUGAACCCGUGUGCAAGAACACAGCAGAGCUUUUGAAAUCCCAGUGCCUUGAUACUGUUGGAAAGUGGCUGUGAAAGGCAGCAGGGAAGGAUGGCCCCAGGGUUUGAUUGAGGCCAGACCAGAAAGUGGGGUAUAGGGGGACUGGUCGAGGCGGGCAGAGGGGCCUUUACCAGGGGCCAAGGCUCUGUUUCUCUGGGUGGCACCGUCCCCUUCUGUGCAGUUGCCACAUGUGGAGACCGGGGUCUGAAAGAUGGGUGGGAAAGAGAAAGCUGAGAUGGCCUUGCAGUCCUGCCUUGGGUCCACAGAAAUGGGUCAGGGGCCUGGUGGACAUGCAGGGUACAUGAUGCCCAAGUCCCUUAUGGAAAACAUCCGACAUUUGCAUGUAAUGCAUGCUCUUCCUCCUGUCUACAGCAGAUCCUCUCUAGAUCUCGUGUGCUGUGGAAUGCAUUGGAAACUCGGAGUGAAUCGUCAUCAGACUGUUGUUCAGGAAAGAGAAGAGAGCUUAAUACACUCACAGGACCCUUCCUGUUGCUUUCCCUCCAUGGUUCCUUGGCUUCUAAUGGGGUCAUGGGGGCCCCGUGUAUCACAUGAUCUGUCCCAUGUGGACACACAUGCCAGUACACAGCUGGUGCUGCCUGAGUACUCCAUCCACAGCCUCUUCUGCGUCAUGUUCCUGUGCGCACAGCAGUGGCUCACGCUGGGGCUGAAUGUGCCGCUGCUCUUCUACCACUUCUGGAGGUACUUCCACUGCCCAGCCGACAGCUCAGAACUGGCCUAUGACCCACCAGUGGUCAUGAAUGCAGACACCUUGAGCUACUGCCAGAAGGAGGCCUGGUGCAAGCUGGCCUUCUACCUGCUAUCCUUCUUCUACUACCUGUAUUGCAUGAUCUAUACCUUGGUGAGCUCCUAACUCCCAGAGCAGACACCACAGAGAUGACCUGGAGGCCAAGGUUGAGGAGUCUGUUCCUGCUGAUAACCAGAGGUGGCCAGAGUAAGGAGACAAAAAGAAGGCUGCAAGGACCAGGACAGUGCAGCAGUGGCCUGGGUCACUGUGCUGCCCGCUGCCCCCUGUGUGUCCGUCUGCACUCAGAUCCCACACACAGGUUGUGGGGCCCUGGAAAUAGGUGACAAACACUGAACUGCACUAAGCCAUCAUUGCUGCAUCCUGAAUCUGUCCUGUGGUGGAAGAGCUCUCAUCCCUGGGAACCAAAGCCGGAAGGUGUCAGCCAAGGACAGAUGCCAGUCAGGGCUGGUCCCCUGGCUGUGGGGUAUCUGGGUAUGUCGAGGGCCACUUGGUGGCCUCAGCCUGGCCUCCGUGCAGGGCUGGGAUGUGGGUGGCCUGCCUCUGCUGGCUCCAGAGGUGACUUGCGGAAUGGUUCUGGGCAGUGCGUGGGCAGAGCUGUCUAGGGUCACUGGUGAACUGGGGAAGGGAAAAGGGAGAAGGGAACGUGAAAUUUUUAAUGUAUUGGCAAUACGCUCAGUGUUUGUUCUCCACCUUUUCAAGGUGUAUUCUGCUGUCACCAAAACCACUGGGGUAAGCAAACCAGCCAGCCAGCUCUAGAGCUGCCUUUGCAUAAAAAGCCCAGAGGAGCAGGGAGCCAAAAACCCUCUUCAGCGGCCCUGAGCAGACGGCAUGGCUCCACUUUGCAAGUUUAGUCUUGCUGCUGGGGUCCUCUCCCUUUAGGGUGAGUGCAGCAUGCAGAUAUGGACAGUGACAAGGCCGCGGCUGUGCUGCUGCUCGAAUCAGGCACAGUGACGCCAGCCUCGUCCCAGCUUUUCCUUGCUGGGACACCAUUUGUGGACAUACAGCUGCUGUUGGCGAGACUGCAACUCUCUUGAGGCUGUGAUCAUGACCAUGCUGUGCACAGGUCUCCCCACUGGCCCCCUCUUUUCAACUGCGCCUGGGUGACACUUGCUCUGUAGGGUGAGCUGAGGGGGUGGUGGAAAAAGCAAAGUUUUGAAAGGGUUUUGUGCUUCUGAAAAUUCUACAGAAAACAAAAUGCAGGCUUCUGGCGGGAGGCUGCUGGCAGAACAGAGCCUGCUGUGGUGCUGUCAAGGAGCAGCUGUUCUCUGAGGCCUUAGCUUCUGGCAGGUGGCUUCGCUGGGUCACAGAGUGACCUCCAGGACUGCCAGGCUGCUAGGGCUCCAGUCCUUGGAAGCCACCACCUCCAUCCCGGACAGGCAGGCCUGCCUCAGCUCCCUGUGCUCAGCGAAGCCGCUCUCUUCUGGCUGUGAGCUGUUCUGUUUCCCUCCUCUGCCUCCUUCCCAGAGAGGCGGAGCUGGCCCCUAACAGGACAGAAGAGGCAGCGGCUAGGUCAGGAAAUCCAUUUACCUGCGGAGAGUGACCAGAGGCUCCACCGCCCGAGGCUUGGUGCUGUCUCCUCAGAGGUGAAUGGUAGCAGACCUGCACAUGCACUACACAACUGGCAGGCUGUGUCCACCCCUGUUGGAACCCCCCUCAGAUCCUCAGAUCCUGUGAGGUCCAAGUGCUCCAUCUCUCCACGUGGUGAGGGGGACACCAAUGCUUAGGGUGAGAGCUGUGGGCUUCCCUGUGCCAUAUGGAAGCUGCAGACCUGUUUUCGAACCCAUACAUCUGACUUCAAGAGCCCUCCUUUCUGUGGCCUCACUCUGAAAGCCAGCAGAGCCGCUCAGGGUUCUGCUGCGGGGUGACUGGUACAGCUGUCUUUGAAGGAUUUGAAAACCAGUGUUUUGGGGGAAGUGGGCGGGAGGGGACAGGCAUCUCACAGAGGGAGGGUCUCUCUGGAGGGCUGCCAGUGUCUGGGCAGCUCUUGUGGCUGUAGACGGGAAGUACCCAGCAUUUCCCUCCACUGCUGUGACUGGAGUGGGUGAACUUUCCUUCUCAGGGAGAGGCCGGUCAGGGCUGAAGACAAGGUUAUGGAAGUGAGGGUCACAGGAAGGUGACUCCACCCCGCCAGGGGUCAGGGGUGCCAAGCUCGCAGCUCCCAAUAAGUGAAGAAUGGAUACCAGGGCUAAGGCUGUUAAGAGUGGAAAAGGUUUAUUGAGAAAAAGUCCUGAGAGACGGGGCCUGAAAGAGGUCACCACGUUGGCUCUGUGGGGUUUUAUAGGGGAAAAUAACCAUGUCUCAGGCCACUGUGGGUCACCCUGAGGCCGACCUGUGGGGCUGUCAGUCCAGCCAUGUGGCUGGCCGUGAGCAGAUUGGGAAGCAGCAUGGAUUGAGGAUAUACGGGGUUACCUGUAACUCCUAACAUGGAGCAGAGGUCGGGGAGAGGGCAGGGUGCAUUCCCUGCCUGGCUGCUGGGUGCUGCAGGCCUGGUUUCUCCUCCAGUUUACUCCGGCCACAGUUUUGCUGUGUUAUCUUCUGCACUGGCUCCAAGGGCCAGUCCUUCUCUGACUGCCUCUCAGUUUCUGUCCUAGCUGUCUACAAUAAAGAGUGAAGCCCUGUCACAGUGCUGGGGAGUCCUGGAAGCCUGAGGCUAUGCAGCUCAGGGAGGGCGAUGGGACAGAGGCCGCAGGGUGGCUCUAGGAGGCAGCUGUCCAGGAAGUCUCAGGGCAGGCAGCUGGGCAGGUGUGGUAGAGGGCUUGGGCAUGGGCCUCGCAUGUGUCAGGCGGGGUGGUGCCACCCCUUUGUGUGCUGUGAUGACAGAACCCCAGGCAUGGCUAGCCUGUCCUAGCUGAGUCUAUCAGCCGCUUUGAGGUGGCCAUCCCUGCCUGCUGGAGAGGACUGGACCCAAAGGACGCUGCAAUGGACGCUUCCCAUUGCAGCCAAGCAGCGCGGCUCCCUUCCUUUCCUCCCUCCAUGCUGGGGGUGGACAGUCCCAGCCGCACCAGAGGGUGGUGGCAGAGCUCAGCUCCUCAGAGAAAAUCUCCCCCUUUUGUCCUAUUUUUAGUUUGGUAAUUACACCGAUGUUGAGUAAAGCUGUCACGAUUGUGACAGUUUAGUUCUCCUACCAGGAGACAAUGUAGCCGUGAAGUGCUUUGACAGUAAUCAGUGGCCCUCCGCCGAGUCCUCACAGUGAUCUGCUUCCUCCCCUGUCUUCUGUGGACUCAGCAGCUCUGUUCCUUGUGCUCCUGGCCCAUGCUGGACCUCCUGGGCUGCUGGGUCAGUGUGGGCUUGGAGGAGGGAGGUGCCCGUGGAGCCCCUGUGGCUCUGCUGGCCCCAGGUUCAGGGGAAGGGGGCUGAGUCCCGCUCCUUGGGAGCGCAGGCAGGCAUUGUGUGGAAGGAGGUGACCCAGGCUGUGCCUGGGCUGGUUUCACCUGCUGGAGGAGAAACGGGGUCAGAACUGCCCACCGGACAGCGUCUUCCAGCAGUUCCUGUCUGCUGUCUGCUACAGUUGUCCCCUCCCCUCCCAGUUCCACCUGGUGUCUGCACCCGAGCACCCGUCUGUGCUGGAAGGAGGCACUGUAAGCUGGAACCGGCUUGCGCAGGCUAAGGCAUCAAGGAUUUUGCUAAGCAGUGUUGACACACAGCUGUUAAAGCCAAAAUUAUGUAAGCGUACAUAAGUUAUAUUAAAAAACAAAGUCAGAACUCA